AUGGCUGAAAAGAGGAGUGUUUUGGGGCUGCCACUGUUGUUUUUAUUAGCUUCUGUGGCUCUCUUGCAUUUAUUUAUUUGUCCGUUCACUAAAGUUGAAGAGAGUUUUAACUUACAAGCUGCACACGACCUUCUGUAUCACAGACUUGACUUUGACAAGUAUGACCAUCACAAGUUCCCCGGUGUGGUGCCGCGCACUUUCCUUGGCCCGCUCUUCCUCUCCACGCUUUCCUCCCCUCUUGUUUUGCUGUCCUCCCAGCUGGAUGCACCAAAAUUCUACACACAGCUUAUAGUCAGAGCUUCCCUGGGAGUGUGUGUUAUUGGUGCACUGUGGAACAUGCAGAGAGAGGUGAGGAGGCAGUUUGGCUCCACAGUUGCAGACCUUUUCUGCCUGAUCUGUGCUUCUCAGUUUCAUCUAAUGUUCUACAGCACAAGGACACUCCCCAAUGUAUUUGCACUGCCUAUAGUUCUUAUAGCAUUCACAUCAUGGAUGGCUCAGAGAUAUGGCCGCUUCAUCUGCCUGUCUGCUUUGGUCAUCAUUGUGUUCCGCUCAGAGUUGUGUAUCUUUUUGGGCCUCAUGUUACUGAUAUCACUACUGAGCAGGAAGCUGGGGCUGCUGCAGCUGCUUAAGUACGCUAUUCCUGCUGGGAUAUUGUCAUUAGUUCUGACAGUGGCUGUUGAUACCUUCUUCUGGAGGAAGCUCCUGUGGCCUGAAGGCCAAGUUUUGUGGUACAACACUGUUCUCAACAAAAGUUCCAACUGGGGAACCUCUCCCUUUCUCUGGUACUUUUACUCCGCUGUACCUCGCGCCCUGGGCUGCACGCUGCUCUUUGUUCCCCUCGGCCUCCUUGACAGGCGAAUGAGGCUGCUGCUGCAGCCCGCAGUGGGCUUCAUUCUGCUCUACUCACUGCUGCCCCACAAAGAGCUGCGUUUCAUCAUAUACACUUUCCCCGUGCUCAGUUUGGUGGCUGCACGUGGCUGUUCUUUCAUUUUGUGCAACUACCAGAAAUCUUGGAUGUACAAACUGGGUUCUGCAGUUGUGGUUGGCCAGCUGUUGGCAAACACAGCAUACUCUGGUAUUUGUCUCUAUGCUUCUCACCACAACUACCCUGGAGGCAGAGGAAUGCAGGAACUACACAGGCUGUUACCAGCUUCAGCAGAUGUCUUUGUUCACAUCGACACCUACGCUGCUGAAACUGGAGUAUCACGUUUCCUGGAGCUAAAUAAAAACUGGAGAUAUGACAAGCGUGAGGACUUGAACCCCACAAGCCCAGAGAUCCAGAUGUACUCACACCUAUUGAUGGAGGCUAACGUCACCAAGAUACAGUUAGUCCAGGACACCCAUCAGCCUCUGGCAUUCAUAGACGGUUACAGCAACAUUGCCUUCAAUGUGUUUCACUUUCCUCCUGUCAGAGUGCAUUUAGAGAGAAAAGCUGUGCUGAUGGAAAGGCUGGAGGCUGGCCACUAAAAGUGUGACUCAAUAGUAGUGUAUUGGAUUUUCUUUCUUGGUGACCAAAGGUGACAAUUGCUGUGAAACCAGUGCUUUUACAUGAUAAUAAAAAAGUAUUUCUCCAGCUAUCACA